AUGGUCGAUAAGCUCAAGGUGGAACUAAAGCAGGCGUUGCGAUCGUAUAUGGAUGGAAUGCUCGACAAGAUAUGCGUUGAUUUUGAAGAGCAUGUUGAUCUAAGUUGUUCUCAGCCUUCCACCGCGUUGGAAGGUGCAGAAUUUGAUAGAUAUUUCGACUGCUGUCGUCAACUGGUCAAGUAUAUCGCCAAGACUAUGGACACGUCUUCGGAUUUCGUCGAGAAAAUGGACUGCGUCAUCCUUGCAUCUAGGAACGACGCGUCUAAAGCGAUGCUAGACGCUGUGAUGAAGCAAGACGUCUGGUUUUGUCGUCGCAGGGAUAUCCACUUUAACAAACAAUUCGACGUUGAAAAAUCUUCAGCGUCGACACAGACGUUGGGGAAGAGGAAGCCCCUGCAGUCUAAACCGUCUACGAAGCGCUAUCGGAUGGAUAAACCUCCUACUGCUAAGUUCAUGGAUGCCUCCAGCUCACCUGAAGAGGAAAUGUUGGUCGAUUCGGAUGCAGAGCUACAAGUAAUUGAAAUCCUUGAAUCUGAAGACGAGGACAACGAUGAAGCUGAAGAUGAUAUUGAAUCUGUCUCUAUGGAAUCUGCAGUAAAUGAAGAACAGGAAGAGGAGAAAGAUACAACUGGUAGUACUGAAGUUGUGAAGAAUCUUUGUCUGCUUAAACCGCAGUAUCCGGGGCAACUCGAGGCCAUUAGAGCAUGGAUUCACGAUCUGAAUAAGUUGCUUGAUGCGAAAUGGUGCAUACCUCCUGUGGGAUAUUUCUGCUCCAGAAAUUGCGCGAGGGGUGAGGCAGUUGUGAACUGUAUGUGGCAGAGUAUCGAAGUCCACCUCGAUGAAUGCCAAAACGAACGAUGCGAGCUGAAAACUCGAGUCGAAUUGGGUCAAACGAAGCAUCUUAUCGAAGUCAAACAACUUGAGAUAUGUGGAGUACGCCACGAUCUGAAAGAAAAGAAGGUGAACUGGUCCAUGGCAGUUCACUACUACGACGAGAGUUGUUGGGUUGGAGACCAGGCGUCACAUGAUUCGGAGAUCACGAUGCUUGAAGACAUGUUGAAGAGAAAGAGGCACGAACUCUCUAUAGUGGAGUGCAAGAAGAAUGCUCUUUGUGCACGAAUGGAUACCAUCAGGCUCGACUGGCGUGACGAAGACUCUGAUAAUCAUGGAGGCAAUGCGUUGCACUACAUUCGUAAAAUGUAGCCAUCUUGAUAAACCAUAGUUUUGGAGGGAAAAAAAGUGUUUUGAC